AUGGCGUCGCGAUUGCUGACCAGAUCCAAAGCCCUAGCGCUCGCCGCCGCCCGCGCCGACGCGGCCGCGCCGUCGCCGCUCGCCGCCGCCUGGGGCGCCCGCGCGCUCUCCGCCCUCCCCCGCGAUCCGGCGGCCGCAUCCCCCGCCUCGUCGCCGCGGCAGCCGGCGGUGGUCUCGCCGCUCGGCCUCUCCAAGAUUCUAGGAUAUGAGCAGGCAUCUCGACUCGGUGGCACACACAUGUUACCUCGCUGGUUUUCUACUGGAGCCUCCAAUGGAUCUUCUGAUCAGCAGACCUCAAAGACAAUUGCUGGGAUGGUACAAUCGGAUGCACUGAAAUCACAGGAGGGAGCCUCAGCGAAGGUCGCAGCAUUCAGCCCCAUGGAAGCAACCAUUAGCAAGCCCAGAAGCAGUCCAUUGACACUCGAAAGCUUGAAAGUGAGGCGGACCGAGAUGAUGACAAAAGUCACGUUCUACAUGAUCCCGACUCUGCUCCUGGUGUCGAAGAACAGCAUCAGCACUUCUCUCCUGAUCGCGUCAGUGUACCAUCAGGUCUACAUGUUCCACAAGGAGAUCCUCCUGGACUACGUCCACCACGACAUCACCAGGAAGUGGGCCUUGAUAUACUUCAAGCUGCUCUUGCUAGUCAUGGCCAAGGACACGAUGGUUUACUUUGAUCUGUUCUAA